ACUUGUAAGGCAUCGCUAACGGUAUAAAAGGGGGUUUUGCUUUGGCUAACGACAGUACUGGGAAAUUCAGACACAAGCAACAUCAAGGCAAAGAAAACCAGGUUAUUUUACACUGCAGAUAUGAAGACUCUUCUAGCUCUCUGCGCAGUCGCACUUGCAAUCACCAUGACUCAUGCAUGGUGCACAGGCAACAUGGAUGACUUCAGGUGUGUGCCAUACAAGCACUCAGCGGUCUGCAUGUCGGAUGGAACUUACAUCUGCGGAAACUGCUUUGCUGAGGAGUUCGAAUGUCUGCAUGUAAAUACUACAGGGGUAACGGCGAUUUUAUCACAGGCAGAGGCAAAAAGAAGAUGCACAUCGCCGGUAAAACAUUGCGAUGAGGCCGAAGUCGAACAGAAACAGCAAAAGUUCAUCAAGAAAACAGCAAAUGGCCAAUGGUAUUAGUUUGACCCGUUAACAGGAUGCCGGAAUCAACCCGACCUGAGGCAACAACACGCCGUUUAAGUUGGACGUUUUUUGUUUUUGUCCCCAGUUAGAUAACUGGUUUUGCUGUAUUUAUAUAGUAUGUAAAAACAAGGAAGAAUAAAAUCUGACGAAAAACAA